CCCUUCCUAUCGCCGUCGACCCCGUCGCUUUGGUGACUACAGAAUGUAUCACUGUCACGUCGGCUAUGCGCAAACAUGCCCGCUGGGCUCAUUCUUCCGUUUCCGCCAUUCUAGGCCAAGCUACCGGCUCCCGCGUCUACGACCGUGAUACCUCCGCCCCUCCGAGUCCCCGCAAUGGCACGUCGACGUCUCGUUCCGCAUCCCGGGCCCCCGCCCUCGAUGAUGAUCAUACUCUGGCCAAUCGAUGGGGCUUGAGAGGCAAGAAAGGCAAGAGCAUGCAGGACAACCCCCUCAUCUCGGCCUUCACUCGAUUACGGAGUGAUCUGAAGGGUUGCAAAGACAUCCGCACCUUCGAUGCUCCCUCUCUACUACAUCCGUUCCUCCAGGUCGUCCGCUCCUCGUCCACCUCCGCCGCAAUCACCUCGCUCGCCUUGGUGGCCCUGACCAAGAUCUUCUCCUAUAACAUCAUUGGUCGGGACUCCCCUCGGCUCUCCAUGGCCAUGCAACUCUUAUCCGCCGCAAUCACCCACUGUCGAUUCGAAGCCAGUGACUCCGCCGCCGAUGAAAUCGUCCUGUUGAGGAUUCUGAAAUUGAUGGAAGGCGUUUUGUCUCGCCCGGAGGGUGAACUGCUUGGCGACGAGAGUGUGUGUGAAAUGAUGGAAACCGGGUUAAGCAUGUGCUGUCAGGUCCGCCUGUCGGAGGUCUUGAGGAGGUCCGCGGAAAUGGCCAUGGUCAAUAUGUGUCAAGUGAUAUUCAUGCGACUGUCCCACCUCGAGAUUGCGGAAUCCUCCGAGGAGAUUCCCGCGCUUUCCAUUGCGGGAGGCGACCAGCCGACCAAUUUCAAGAUGGACCCUUCUGUCGACGGAGAUACCGUGACCUCGCAGCAUCCGUCCGCCAUGGGCUCGGAUACCGCCGUUCCGGAGCGCGAACGCGGUAGCAGGGAGGAGACUCCGGAACAAACCCCCAACGGCAGUGCCGUCGCCGCUCCCCCCAACCCGCAGGACGACGUUGGGGACGACGUCGCGCCUUACUCCCUGGCCUCUAUUCGGGAACUUUUCCGGGUACUGAUUGACCUGUUGGACCCCCACAACCACCAACACACCGACCCCAUGAGGGUCAUGGCACUGAGGAUCAUUGACGUUGCGUUGGAAGUUGCGGGUCCGGAUAUUAGCAGGCACCCUAGUUUGGCGUCUUUGGCUCAAAACGACCUCUGCCGCCACUUGUUCCAAUUGGUGCGAUCAGAGAAUCUGUCGAUUCUGAGUGAGUCGCUGAGAGUGGCGGGCACCCUGCUUCUAACUUGUCGCUCCGUGCUCAAGCUCCAGCAGGAGCUGUAUCUGUCUUAUCUGGUCGCUUGCCUCCAUCCUCGGGUAGAAAUACCCAAGGAGCCCGGUAUUAACCCGGCCCUUUACGACGGGGUGCCACAAGCGCCCAAAUUAGUGAAACCUCCUCCGUCUCAGUCCAACAGUGGCAGAUCCACGCCUGUUCCCGUGAAAGAUCGGCAGAAAUUGGGCUUGGAAGGGGGCUCCCGGAAGCCGGAGACGCGAGAAGCCAUGGUCGAAAGCAUCGCCGUGCUGGCGCGGAUUCCAAGCUUCAUGAUAGAGCUGUUUAUCAACUACGAUUGCGAGGUGGACCGUGCCGACCUAUGCGAGGACUUAAUCGGACUUCUCUCUCGUAGCGCGUUCCCCGACUCCGCCACGUGGAGCACGACCAAUGUGCCCCCGCUAUGUCUGGACGCACUGCUGGGCUACAUUCAAUUUGUGUACGAUCGAAUGGACGACGAGCCUGUGCAGGCCGGCUUUCCUGCACGGGAGGAUUUGAAGACCCAGCGCAAAACCAAGAAAAUCAUCAUCGCCGGCGCACAAAAGUUCAACGAAGAUCCGAAAGCCGGUAUUGCCUACUUGGCUGCUCACGGUAUUAUUGAUAACCCUGACGAUCCUGUUCUGGUGGCCAGAUUCCUCAAAGGAACCACCCGACUGUCUAAGAAGGUUCUAGGCGAGUUUAUUUCCAAGCGAUCCAACGAAGCGCUCCUGGAAGCAUUUGUCGAUCUUUUCGAUUUUUCGGGGAAGACUGUGGUCAACGCUCUUCGCGACCUCCUCGGUGCCUUCCGCUUGCCUGGCGAAUCCCCGCUCAUUGAGCGCAUCAUCACGACAUUCACGGAUAAAUUCAUCGAGAAAGCGCAUCCCCCAGGUGUCGCUGAUAAAGAUUCCCUGUUUGUCCUGACAUACGGCAUCAUCAUGCUUAAUACAGACCUGUACAACUCUAAUAUUAAAGCCCAAAACCGCAUGUCUUACAAUGACUUCGCGCGAAACCUGCGCGGUGUAAACGCUGGGCAAGAUUUCGCGCCUGAGUUUUUGCAGGACAUCUACGAUUCUAUCAAGCAGAACGAGAUCAUUCUGCCGGAUGAGCACGACAACAAGCAUGCGUUCGACUUCGCCUGGCGAGAGCUCUUGUUGAAGUCCUCCUCAGCUGGCGAGCUUGUUGUAGGCGAGACCAACAUCUACGAUGCGGAGAUGUUCGAAGCCACUUGGAGACCUGUGAUCGCUACCCUUUCGUAUGUCUUCAUGUCCGCCUCGGAUGAUGCUGUUUACUCCCGAGUGGUCCAGGGAUUCGACCAGUGCGCUCAAAUCGCUGCCCGGUACAUGCUGACAGAGGCUUUUGACCGAAUCCUCUUCUCUCUUUCGUCCAUCAGCACACUUGCCACUCAAAAUCCCCCAAGCACUGCCCUCAAUACGGAGGUGCAAGCUGGAAAGAAGAGUGUUAUGGUCAGUGAGCUUGCUGUGAAAUUCGGAAGAGACUUCAGAGCCCAGCUGGCCACGGUGGUUCUUUUCCGAGUUUUGGCAGGUAACGAAUCCGCUGUUCAAAAGAGCUGGACAUAUAUUGUCCGCAUCCUCAACAAUCUCUUCAUCAAUUCCCUCACUCCUCCGUUCGAUACCAGCCUGAAUUCCGAACUUGAGAUACCCCCUAUUCCACUGCAGCUGCCGUCGCAGGUUGUGGACCGUGAAGGACGUGGAAACGAGACUGGAUUGCUGUCUGCCUUCACGUCCUAUCUGUCCAGCUAUGCCGCCGAUGAUCCUCCGGAGCCAUCUGAUGAAGAACUUGACAACACUUUGUGCACCGUGGACUGCGUUACCGCAUGUUCCAUCAACGAUAUAUUGACCAAUAUCAAGUCUCUUCCCUUGGAAUCCGUGUCGCUUGUGGUAGAGUCUCUAUUGUCACAGUUGCCCGAGGAGUCCGCACCGGCAGUUAUUGUCGUGAAGCCCGAGAGACCGUCUCCCGCGUCGAGGGCAAAUGGCAAAGCUGAUGCCAGCCAGUCGAAAUAUGACCCUGGAAUGAUGUAUCUUUUGGAGCUGGCGACCAUCAUCACCCUCCGAGACGAUGAAACAUUAGAGGCCUUGGGCGAGCGACUUUUGACUUCGCUGCAAGCGUUUAUUCGGGAUGCUCGGAACCUCCAUUCGCUGGCCUUGUCGCGCAUCAUUUAUUAUUUGUUGAAUCUGUUGCGACUCAGCCAUGAUCAUUCAUUCAUGCGUGUGCCUGUUGUUCUGCAUGGCAUCUCCGGAUUUGAUCAAGACAUAUUGGAAAACGUUGCCAUACCCACUGUCAAGGGACUCACCCGAUGCAUUUCGCACGGGGGCCUUUUGCGUAAUGAGGUCACUGUUUCCCCUGAUUUCUGGUCAAUCUUGCAAAGACUCCAUCAACAUAAGGAAGCAGGGCCAUUGGUGUUUGACCUCCUCCAACAUGUUAUUGACUCCUCGCCGCCUAUCAUUACCGCAGACAAUUACGAGUCAGCAGUCGCCCUUGCGAAUGACUUUGUUAGCGCUGGUAGCGUGGGGUCCAUUGACGAACGUCAAAAGGACGCGGUCUCACGGCGCUCCAAGGGCGUUAAACAGCCCAGAUCAAGGUCCGUUCUGCAUUCAGUAUCCCUCGUUCCUGUCAUCAUGUAUUAACACAUUAGCCGGAUAGUGAGAACGAGGUUGUUUCCCGAGCCUUGAAGGCGAUUAGUCUCAUCUACCAACUCACCGGACGAGUUCCAAGUCUGAUCAAGCAGUCUCACCUUGAAGACAAUGAAGGUCUGUACAAGCUGUCUUUUCGCCCUAAAGCGCCGACUGUCUGACUAAUGUGGCUUACAACAAACAGCUUGGUCAGCCUACUGGUCUCCUAUCUUCCUUUCAUUGACCGCCCAAUGCAUUAAUCCCUGCCGAGAUAUCCGGCACAAUGCCAUUUCAACCCUGCAGCGGUCGCUUCUCUCUGUCGAGAUGAAUUCCACCGACAGCAAGGAGUGGACCGCCAUCUUCGAUCAAGUGCUGUUCCCGCUCGUUUUCCGACUGUUGAAGCCGGAAGUCUACCAUUCAGACCCUGUUGGAAUGAGCGAGACCCGCGUACAGGCGGCCAUUUUGGUCUGUAAGAUCUUCUUGCGUUAUCUGGAUCAGCUUCCGAAUCAUGAUGGCAUGCUGGAACUUUGGCUCAAGAUUCUGGACAUCCUGGACCGGAUGGUCAACAGUGGCCAAGGCGAUAGUUUGGAGGAGGCAAUCCCUGAGAGUCUCAAGAACAUUCUAUUGGUCAUGGCCGACGGAGGAUAUUUGGUGCCACCAUCUCAAGACGCCACCAAAGAGACGAUCUGGACUGAAACCAAGAAGCGCUUGGACAGAUUCCUCCCAGACUUGUUCAAAGAGAUCUUCCCGGAUGUCUCAAACGAAAAGCCGCCAGUUUCUACCGUCACGUCUCCCGACCCAUCAUCAGCCGCUGAAUCAGCAACUGAACCUCCCUAUGACGAGAAGGUCAAGGAAGAACAGACUCUUCCCGAUCCCCCAGCUCCGGAAGCAGACGCUGGAGAUGAGAAGACCGAAGAGCAGCCAAAUGAAUCCUAAACCCAAAGAAACAUCCUCUAGAGCGCCUUUUCUUGUUUCUAUCUACCUCUUGAGCAUUUAUCCCGUUGGGAAUCUGAUGUCUUUUUGCGACCAACUAUACAUAACAUGUAAAUAUCAUGAUGCUUUUGUUUCUUGUUGCCCCUGUUGGAACACCACUAGCGCGCACUGUGUCUUUUUUUUGUACUUUCCACCUUUGUUACGGUUAGAUUCCUGCUUGAUCCGGUGCUAGCCAACCAGCCCACCUUUAUGCAUUUUCUCUUUUUGGGCAGCAUUUUCCCUUAUUCACGAUACACAAACAUCAACCGUUCAACGCUUGGGAGUUUUCUGCAUACCAUAUCCGUUCGUGUAAUUGUAGAGUAUAAUGGUUUAGCGAAGCGAGACCCUUUCUCCAACGUAUUCGCCAUCCAUUACAGAUCAUGUUUGUUUGCUUGCUAUACCUAUUUACAGAUAACUGCGCAAGCAGUGUAUGGCACAGUACAUCAC